AUGGCGCCCAAAACGGAGUUUCGUUCGUCGGAGCCGAUAUCCGAGCGGGAACGUCCGCUGAUCCAGUCGAUCCGCGCGCUUCUACGCGAAAAACUGCCGGACGGCAUCCCGGAAGACGUCGACACCGACCUGAACCUGUGCCGCUGGAUCCGCGGCUAUCACGGCGACAUGGACAAAAUUGUGAAGAACUUUGGAAUCUAUUUGGCGUCGCGUAAAGCCGCCGGAUUCGUCGGCGACGAGUUUCCCGACAAGUUUUUCGAAAUGGACAGUAUCGCGCCGUUCCUGCCGUUCAUCGCCUCGUCGCGACUGCAGGAUCGGCAGUGGUCCGACGAUCAUAACGCGUUCCUUUUUGUCGAGAGGGCCUGGUCACAACCCAAAGAGGUACCUUUUGUUCUUUGCAAUUCUCCACACGAUUUCUGUUAUUGUAAGCCAAAACCCCCCGGAAUUGUAUCCAUAGUUUAUCGAUAGUUUUCAGUUUAUCAAAACGUUUAAAACCAGCGACUACCUGCUCCAUUGCUUUGGAUAUUCGGAAAUGCUCCAGCAGCUCAUUUUGAGGUAUUUAUCCAUAAAAUAACGAAGCAACGGUAGCCAUGAAUGCAUUUUUGUCAAGACGCGAAAAAAAGCAAUCGACCGACAAAGGACCCGUCCAAUUUAUUGUGAUUUUCGAUUUGAACACUGUCAACAUUACGGAUUAUGUAAGCCCUCCUUGUUUUUUUUUAUCGAAAAAUAUCGAAAAAUUCAGGUGAAUCCAAUGUCCGGAUACAUGAAAUUGUGGCAGAUUAGAAGCGAAUUGUGGCAAGAUUGGUGGGUCUUUGCAAAAUUUUUUUUUUUUUUGAAAGCUUCGACGCGUUCGUUCUGACCGCCGUAAUUUCAAAAGUAAGAGUAGGAUCGAGUUGAGAAUCAACAAAAUAUUUUUGGUUUUGGAAUCGGACCUAGAUGAUUCGAAAGAGAAUUUCACGGAGAAUCCGAAUCUGCUCUCCAUUUUUGCUAAAGAGCACUGGCUGGCAAGUUCAUCUUCGGCGACCUGUAUCUCAAGAACCACGCGUCCGUUGCAAAAGUGGUCAACUAGUAAGUUAACGCAAAUUAUCUCGUGAAUAACUUUGUAGUUGAUCGUUUAUUUUAAAAAGAAUUAGUUUUCGAGUUAUGAACUGUUUUCCUAGAGCGGCAAGAAAAAAGUUAGUGCUGGGGUCAGAGCGACGAUAACUCGAAAACUAAUUUUUUUAAAAAUAGACGAUCAACUACAAAGUUAUUCACGAGAUAAUUUUCGUUAACUUACUAGUUGACCACUUUUGCAACAGACGUGUGGUUCUUGAGAUACAGGUCGCCGAAGAUGAACUUGCUAGAAAAUGUGGCAGAAACAGGCAGAUUUUCUCGCCAGCCAGUGCUCUUUAGCAAAAAUGGAGAGCAGAUUCGGAUUCUCCGUGAAAUUCUCUUUCGAAUCAUAUAGAUUCCAUUAAAAAAAGCCAAAGGUAAGUGCGGGCCAUUCCCUAGUAAGAGCAGAUGUAAACUAAUUAUGCUCAAUUCGGCUCCGAGUCGUUUCAUGAAUCCUCACUUGACGAUUUCGAUAAACAAAGAUCCACUUGCUCGCCGCUUGAUCUGAAACUCGGCAGAACAACGAAAAACGUCUUGAAACAGUGUAUAUAGUCAAAAGCCACCGUGUAGACAAUUUGCAGGUACCCCGAAAUGGUUCAACGAAUUUACCUGACAAAUCCGCCUCGAUUGAUCAGUGUUUUGUGGAAAAUCGCGCGCGUUUUUCUGUCCGAAGAGAACUUGAAACGCAUUGAAAUUAUCGGAAAUCAAACGGAUCUGGCGACGAAACACUUGCCCGCCUGGAUGGUUCCCAAAGAAUACGGAGGUAGGCUUUUCUGCAAACUCACGGCGACCAAAAGUGUGGAAAGAGACGCGUUUUCUGAAAAUUGCCGCAAUUCCAGCACACUUUUCCGAUAUUUUUGUGUUUGAUAUCGACGAAAGAAGAGACAUUAAAGAGAGAAAAAAUUGCAAAUUUUCGUGAAAACGCCGCCCAGUUUGAGACGUUUUUGGCAUAUUUCGAAAUACGCUCUCCGCCGAAAUUUCGGAAUUUUCAUAGCGGUCGAUCUGGAUCGGUUUGAGACGAAGUGAGUGUCGGAAGUGAUUAAGAACACGUUAAUACAAGUAUUUUAAGCGUUCAAACGGCAAAAAGUAUCGGCGAAUGACUGAAAUUCGCGCAUUUUCAGCACAAAACUUGAAAAUCGAUUCAAUUGAUUGAAUUUCUGAAUGAAACCUGCUCGUUUUAAGCUCUCAAAAAGUGCGCGAUGAUUAGUUUAACAAAGUUAUGCAAGUGCAUCGUCGAAAUCGUACAAAAUUUGUGUAAUUUUUGACGAAAAACAUGAAAAAUGGCACGGUCUCCAGAGCUUACAAUGGGCGCGCAAGUGCGCCCCGCCUAAUAGAGCGAUACAUUGGCGCGAAAUUCAAAUUUUAACAGCAAAAUUUGCGUUUUUUGCCAGAUUAGCCACGAAAAACCGAUAAUUUCUCAUUUUUCUUUCGAUAGACCGAUUGUAUAGGCUAUUUUUUUAAGAGCAAGAGCGUUAAAUUUGGUCAAGUCGCAAAUCACAUUUAUCCGUUUGAAGGUUUUUCGCUAAAACUGCGUGAAUUUCAGUUGCUUUUCGGUAGUUUUCGCGGUUCGAGCGCUCAAAAUGCUUGUAUUUACGUGAUUUAUCAUUCUCAAAACAAAUUCUGUCUGAAAACGGUCAAGAAAGCGCAAAAUGAGAAGUGCGGUUUUUAGGCGGCGAUCGGCGGCGAAGGCGAGAAAGCAAAGUCCGCGAAAAAUGCGCCAAACCGUCAUUAAUUCUGAGAAUUAGUGUUUUUUCAUGUCGAACAAUCAUUUUUCAUCGCCUUUGACCACAAAAAUCAGAGAAAACCUGCUCAAUUCAUGAAAACGUCAUUUGGCCGAGGCCACGCCCAUAUUGUCAGCUCUGGAGACCGUGAAUGUGGUUAAAUUUCGAAUUUCGCGCCAAAAUGGUGAUAAAUCGUGCACGCGCUAGGCCCCACGCCCCUUUUUACGUUUUUGGUCGCCGUGAUAAACUUUCGAAACAUUGCUCAAUUGUUGUUGUUGUUGUUGUUGCAGGCGAAUUCGUGAACAGUGUGCCGCCGGGCGACGAGACGGGCGUCUCGAUCCGCCAGAAAAUCACGCCGCUGGACUAUUACAAACCCUUUCAGCACUACAAAAUCCACGGAACCGACCGUCCGAAGCCGAGCCACAAAGACGUUUCGCCGGCCGAAAAGUUCAUUUUCAAAAUUCAGGUGCCCGCCGGAAAAAAGCUGCUGUGGGAUUUUACGGCCAGCGGCGAGGUCCAAUUCGCCAUUUUUCGGGAAAAUGUGAGUGCUUUCCGAACAAAACUGUUGCGCCGCCUGUGCCGAUUCCGUGCUUGCCACGCGCUGAACCCCUGCUGUACCGUGCCGCUCAAAAACCUUGCUCCCCGCCCAUCCCACUUUGUCCUGUUGCACGCUCUAUCCAUGCUGAUGCCAUGCUGUUCGCUUGCCGCUCGCGCGCCCCACCCUUGCCGAAAAUUACUUUUUUUUUUUUUUGCAGAAUCCGCACGAUCUCGUCUUCCCGAGCCUGCACAUAAUCACGAAUAAGCUGAACGAGGAGGGCACACUGGAGAACGUGUCCGACUCGGAAAUCUCGUUCGAAUUCCAGAAUCUCUCCGGCUAUUUCACUCUCAAACUCGAGUAUACUGUAGCUAUUGUCUAA